CAGUGCUCUGUUAUUGCUCUCUGCCAUUCCCUUUAUGACCUAAAGAACGGGAUAUCGGAGCUUGAGAUGGAUUUUGGCACCAAGCUGUACGAGAAUCUAUAAGUGAAACACACACAAAAAAGGAUAUAAGUGAUCACUUUUUAGGGGAUAACUCAUAACUGGGGCUACAACACCGGCAGUCCAGGUAAGAUGAGGUCCAAAAGCAAUGGGGUGGAAAGCCCAACCGAUGGGGUCCUUGUUGUUUCACCAGGUGGCCCUGACAUCAAUGAAGAACAGGACGUGGGUCUGCCUGUGAGGAGCCUGAAGGCAAAAGCUCAGCAGAAAGAAGGUGCGGAAGAGGUUGAAGUGAUCUCUGAUAAAGAGAAGCUGCUGCUGGAUUCCACAGAGACUGGAAACAACACAGGGAACAUCACAGAUCUGUCUAAACAGGAUCUGCUGAAACUGCUGGGAAUCAUGGAGGGAGAAGUUCAGGCCAGGGAAGAUGUAAUCUACAUGCUAAAAUCCCAACAGACAAGUCCAGAAACCCUUGAAUCACAGUAUGGAUGUGCAGUCCCAGCUUCAGCUCUCAAAGCACUACAGAGGGACAGUUUCAUCACUGGCACGAAGACGGAAAAUCACCAUGUCUAUCAAAAGCCGAUGACAGAGCUGAAACGUCUGCAGGAAAAGCACAAGGAUACGUACCGGCGGAUGCUUGGUCAGCUGCUGCUGGCCGAAAAGUGCCACCGGCGCACAGUCCACGAGCUGGAAGCAGAGAAACACAAACAUGCUGAUUACAUGAAUAAGAGCGAUGACUUCACGAACCUCCUGGAGCAGGAGAGAGAAAGACUGAAGAGGCUGCUUGAGAACGAAAAAGCCUAUCAAGCAAGAAAGGAGAAGGAGCACUCUAAACGUCUGGCCAAGGUGCGAGAGGAGCUGGUGAAACUGAAGUCCUUUGCAUUGAUGUUGGUCAAUGAGCGCCAGCAGCACCUGGAGCAAAUGGACCAGCAGACCCAGAGGGUCCAAGAGAUCAGCCUGCAGCUCCAGCAGCGGGACCAAGCUUUGAAUAAAGCCAAUGAGCAUGCUCAGGAGGACAGUCACAGGGUGCAGAGCCUAGAGGCUGAGCUAAAGGAGAAAUCUUGUAGGAUCACCCAACAGCAUGAAGAGAUGAGCACCAAGCUGUCCACACAGGAGCUCCACAAUCGUCAGCUUAACAUUAAACUUUUUGAACUUACACACAAAAUUGAGGAGCUAGAGGAAAGCAACAAGGCCUUGAGAAAAUCUGAGGAGGAUAUACAGGAGUUAAGGGAGAACAUCAGCAAAGGGGAAUAUGGCAGCUCUAACUUGAUUGUUGAGUUGGAGAACCUGCGGAAGAGAGUACUUGAGAUGGAGGGAAAGGAUGAAGAGUUUACCAAGACAGAGAUUCAAUGUAAGGAGCUAAGGAACAGGCUGGAAGAGGAGAAUAAUAAAAGCAAAGGCCUCAGGCUAGAAAUAGUUAGGCUCCAAAACAGAAUGAUAGAUUUGGAAAAACUGGAGGAAGCAUUCAGUGUUAGCAAAGCUGAGUGUGCACAGAUACAAACUGCUUUAGAAAGAGAGAAAGGCCUGACCAAAGAACUUUCAGAUGAAGUUGUAGCUCUCAAGAUCCGAAUGAAAGAGCUUCAGUCAUCAGAACUCAAAUUGGAAAAGUGUGAGUUGACCCUUAAGGAUGACCUGCGGAAACUUAAGUCCCUGACAGCUGCACUAAUGGAGGAACGAAAAGCACUGAUGGAAACAGUAAAGUCAGAGGAAAAGAAAAGGGAGGAUUUGAGCAAGAUUGUUAAACUUGAGCAGGGUCGGGUGAUGGAGGUGACCGAGAAACUGAUAGAAGAGAGCAAAAGGCUUCUGAAACUAAAAUCCGAGAUGGAAACCAAUGUCGAGACUUUAACCAAAGAGAAAGGGGAGCUCAGCGCUAAGCUAGCUAAUCAAACUGAUGAAACUGAGGAUCUUAAUUUUAAGAUCAGCCAAAUGAAAAAGAGGCUAGACAUGUUUGAACAAGCAGAAAAACUAUCUGCGAGGAAUUCAGUUAUGUGCGAUCUAGAAAAGAUUACUGGUCCUGAAGGGAAAGAGAACAAUAAAGUUAAAGAACUAACAUUCGAAAUAGAGAGCCUGAAAAACCGUCUCAAACAACUGGAAAUAGUUGAAGGAGACUUGAUCAAGACAGAGGAUCAGUAUGAUAUUUUGGAGAAAAGAUUCAUGACUGAACAGGAAAAAGCGAAUGUUCUUUCCCAGCAAGUGGAAGAAAUGAAGAAUCAGAUAGCACGAAACAAAGCUAUUGAAAAAGGGGAAGAAGAAAGCAGAGAAGAAGACCUCCAGCAGAGAUGCAAAAGAGAGGAGGCCAAAAGCCGAGAACUACAAGCUGAUGUAAUAGCUCUCAAGGAGAAGAUCCAUGAACUGAUGCACAAAGAAGACCAGCUUUCUCAGAUUCAAGUGGACUACUCUGUCUUACAACAGAGGUUCUUAGAAGAGGAAGAGAAGGCCAAGAACAUGGGCAUGGAGGUUUUCCAUCUCACCAAAGAGCUAGAGUUAGCUAAGCGUCAAAGCCGAGCACUUCGACCCAGCUUAAAUGGAAGGAGAAUAGUGGAUGUGGCCAUGACAUCCACUGCAGUACAGACAGAGCCAUCAUCUACUGAACCAACAGAGGAAGAUACACCAGCUGUGUUUAUCAGGAAGUCUGUUCAAGAAGAAAAUCACAUUAUGAAUAACAUCCGACAGAAAUGUCUGAAGAAGCCUGAGAAAGGCAAUGCAGUUGAGCGUUGCCCUUCAUCUAGCAGUGAUUUUAGUAUUAAAAAAUCCUGGAUUCCUUGGAUGAGGAAAAAGGACAACACUCCUCAAGAGACCAACUUAGAGAAGUCGCUCCAUAUCAGUGGGGAACAGGUUUCCUCUAAAUUAACCAUGCCUCAAAACCAAGGGCAGCCUUUACACAUUCGGGUAACACCUGAUCACCACAACAACAUGGCCACACUUGAAAUCAGAAGCCCAACUGCUAAUCAGGUUUUCGCAAAUACAACUCCCCUUAGCCCUAACCCAUCUCAACCAAAGUCCAGAAUUACCAUCAUUCCCACCUACUCUGUUCCAACCACACGGAGAAAGACUCCCACUGGACCUCAGGGCCCUGCAAGAGCCAAGUCACCAGUCACAAUUACAACCAUAUCAAGGGCCAAAUCUCCAGAAACUAGUCGAACCUCUUCUUUUACCUCAGUAAGACCCCUUUCCCCAGUUUCGGUUAUGACAGUGAGCACAGCUGUAAUGCCUGAAGCAUCUGCUUCCCUAGAGCCACAGGAGAUGACCAUGGGCCGGGCUGUGUUCAAGGUUACCCCAGAGAAGCAGAUGGUCCCAGUUCCCGUCCGAAAGGGCCACACCAAUGCAAGCAUCAUCACCUCUACGGAUGAUAACAAGAUUCAUAUUCACCUCGGCAACAGUAUCCCCCCAAAGAUGGUUGUCAGACCGGUAGCUAGUGUGACAGAAAGCAAAGAACUGACCCUGUCAACCGGGACAGUUUUGCGUUCACCUCACAAGAUCACCACAACUACUACCAGGAACGUGCAAAGUAAAGUGACAAGCAGCAUUACAAUAUCCAAUGUGACAUCCACAACAUCAAGACCCAUCCAAAGCACGAUCGGGCAUGAUGUCCAGUCACCUCGCACAGGACUUACCCGCAUCCCAAUGUCCAAGGGUCUCAAGACAGGGAAAGCUGCACUAGGAUCCACAGGCAUCUCGAGUGGAAUGAAGCUUGAGUCUCGGACAGAGACUCAGUCUAUGAGGGUUGAAGUCAAGAAAUCCACUGUGAAUGGCAAUACAUUACAAAACGGAGGGAAAUUGUGAAAAUACCAAUGAAAUAGUCUUGUUAAUAUGGUGAGACGUAAAUCACAUAGAAAUCCAUUAUUUUCCAAAACAAGUCAGCUGUAAAUCGCCAAACACACAGCAAAAAAGGUAGUUUCAUCCAUUGUUAACUCUUUUUUACUUGUCUCUCUCAUUAGUUUCUGUCUUUUUAGAUCGAAAGACUGUGAUAUGAAAAGAAAUGUUAUAUUUGAUUGUAAUGUAACUAAAUUCUUUCUGCUUUGACUGGUUGUCACAGCUAUGGUUUUUUAAAAAUGUUUCGUAAGACAACAUCAUAGAAAAGAUGCAUUGUUUUUGGGUAAAUUAAGUUUUUGUGAGUUUGCUUUGGUUUGUAUGUUUUGGUUCUUAGUUUUCUUCCUGUAAAGAUAUUUUUACUAAAACAUUUUUAAUAAAUAUUAUGCAAGAGGACAGUA